AUGAGAUUAAAAGUUGUUAAUAAAUCAAUACAAAAAAUUAUAUCAAUACAAGAUGAUUCACAAGUAUCACAAUUAUUAAAGUUAUUAGAAACAGAUGGUAUUAUUAGUCACUCCAAUAAUUUGAUUAUUAAAUCUGGUUUCCCACCAAAACCAAUAAAUUUAUCAAAUUUACAAGAACAAAUAUUAGAUUUGGGUAUUAGACCUGGUGAUAAAUUAAUCAUUGAAGAAAAUGGAACUAAUGGACAAGUUCAACAGGCAACAUCAACAUCAACAAAGCAAAAAAUUGAAUUAACUAAACCUUCACAAGAUAUAUCAACAAGUCAGACAAGUCUCAAAAUACCAAAUACUAAAGGUUCAAUCCAUUUACAUAAAAUUGAUGAUGAUAAUUCAUGUUUAUUCAAUUCCAUUGCAUAUCUAACCCAAUCUUCAAUAAACUUAAGAGAAAUUAUACAACAAUACAUCUUAUCAAACCCUGAAACUUAUAAUGAUGCAAUAUUAGGUAAACCUAUACAAGAAUAUAUUAAAUGGAUUUUAAAACCAACAAGUUGGGGUGGUGCUAUAGAAUUACAAAUCUUGAGCACAUUCUUUGAUAUAACUAUACAUUCUAUUGAUGUGGAAAAUAAUCGUAUUGAUUCUUUCAAUCCAGAUGCUCAAGAAUUCAUAGUUGUAUUAUUCACGGGGAUUCAUUAUGAUUGUAUUAUAUAUAAAGAUAAUAUAAAAGAAACAAGGAUAUUUAAUAAAUCAAAUAAUGAAAUAUUACAAUAUUCACAAAAAUUAUCCCAAGGGUUGAAUCAUAAAGGUUAUGUAACAAAUACAAAUACAUUUCAAGUUAAAUGUAAACAAUGUGGUUUGGUUUUAAAAGGUGAAAAAGAAAUUAAUCGUCAUGCUACAAUUGUUAAACAUUUUGAUUUUGGUGAAGUUUGA